ACUGUCUCACCGUCUUGCAAAGUAAACCCUGCAUCUACUUUGUUAAAGUGUGAAUGAUCCAUCAUGAAGAAGCUGGUGUUUCCACUGCUGGGAGCGAUGGUCCUCUCUCUGUUUGUGUUUGCUGCAGCGGACACACAAUCUGACACACAGGAAGACAAAACAUUUCCAGAGAAUGAAGGAAUUUUGCAGCUCCACAAGGGAAACUUCAAAAUGGUUCUGAGAAAACACAAGCAGCUUUUGGUGCAUUUCUAUACUCCGCUGACAUCAGAAGGCCAACGUGUGGCAGCCGCAUUCGAAGCCGCUGGUGCAGAGCUACAGGGGUCAGAGGUCAAACUAGCAGUCAUCGAUGUGACAAAAGAAAAAGAAUUGGCAAAGAAGCUAAAUGUGAGCAGCCAGCCUACAAUCAGACUCUACCUCGCUGGAGACAUCAACAGUCCAGCUUCCUGUCCAGUUCCUCAGAGCUCAGCUUCCAUCUUGAUCUGGCUACAAAGGAGGGCUGGAUCACCUGCUGACCUCAUCAUAGAUCUCAGCCAAUUAGAGGCCUCAGACGAUCUAACAGUGGUUGGUUUCUUCAAGGAGCUGAACCAUGAUUACGUUCAGGUGUUCUACGCCACAGCCAUUGACCUUCCUGACGUCCGCUUCGCUGUGAUACAGAACGACGAAGACUUCGGCAAAUACAGUGCUACUCAGGAUAUUGUUCUUCUGCUUAAAAAAUCUCAGCUCAUUCAGACCUUCAAAAUGAAGCCAGAAACACAGAAAGAGGAGCUGAUCAGGUUUAUCUCCGUCUACAUGAUGGAUCCAGUCACUGAGUACAAUGGACAGACAGCCUCCCUGAUCCUUGGUUCCCCUGUGUUGAACCACGCUCUCCUCUUUGUCAACAAAAGUUCUGAGGACUUUGUAGAGAUUUUCUCUGCUUUCCACAGUGCUGCAGAGGAGUUCAGGAUGAAGAUUCUGUUUGUCCUGGUGAACGUGGAUGAACAUCGUAACGGCAGACUCAUGGAGUACUUCCGUGUCCGGCAUUUUGAAGCUCCUCAUAUCCGACUAGUGAACCUGACGGAUCAUGUGACCUACAAUUUGCCGUCUGAGACCUUGGAUGUGGAGGUCAUAAAACAGUUCUGUCAGUCCUACCUUGAAGGCAAAGCCAAGCCCAAGUUGCAGAGUGAGCCUGUUCCUGAAGGAUGGGAUAAGAAGCCUGUUAAGGAGCUGGUGGGAAUCAAUCUGGAGAAAGUAGCAUUCAACCCCAACAAGACUGUUUUUGUCCUAUUCUAUGUUCCAUACAGUGAGAAGUCCCGCACUGUGUUUCCGCUGUGGGAGGAGCUAGCUCAGGUUCUGAAGGAUCGCAAGGAUGUAGUUGUUGCUCGCAUCGAUGCCUCGGCCAAUGACAUCAACGUGUCUCUGCAGGGGUCCUACCCAUCACUCUGCCUGUUUCCUGCUCUUUACGCUGAGAGGAUGGUGAUUUACCGUGGGAAAAGGGAGAUAAAAGACUUGGUUAGGUUUCUUGAUAAAGAGAUGAAAAAGGCAAAGAAAGAUAGAGUUAAGGAGGAUGAGGACAGGAGGAAGUACAUUGAGGCCAUGAAAGAGGAGGAAGCAAAAAAACAAAAAAAAACCAAAGAGGAACUUUGAUAGAAAAGCCAAGAC